CUUGUGUGUAUGUGUGUGUGUGAGAGAGAGAGAGACUCGCUAAGCAACGACCUGCGGACGGGCAUCCGAGCAAAAAAAGAAAAAGAAACAACAAAAAAACAGGAACCACAUUAAAUUCGAGUAUCUUCUGCGAUGUUCCCGACGUUAUCCCUACACUGUCUGCUCUGAUCUCGUCGAAGUUGCCGUGAAGAAAUUGAUGCAUCUUGCUCCGCGGUCCUGUUUGUUUUGACCUGCGUAGCUACAAGAGAAUCCUGCUCGAGGGAUUAGCGGUCCGUCAAUGAGGAACUACCGGCUCAUCUUCUGCCACAACCUGAAGCAGCCAUAGAUGGUUCAGUGGUUCACUGGCUAGGGGAGGAGCGGAUAGGACACACUUUCACUGCUACACGACGUGAGGUCUUGGCGGGGUUGUGGUGAGGAGGAGGAGGAGGCCAUGAGGAAGAGCGUGUCUCCGUUGCCAGGCAACGAGGGCGGGAGCUCAGCCAGCACCACGCGGGUUUUUGGCGUUCCGUUGGAAGAGGUGACACGCACGCACACAAUCAGUGGCCACGAGGUUCCUGCACUGGUGAAAGACAUCGUUGACUACAUUGAGGAGCAUGGUCAUCUGGACUUAGAGGGGCUCUUCCUGGUUAAUGGCAACGCAGAGCGUGUGGAUUGGCUGCGCCAGCGCUAUGACAGUGGUGAGGAGGUGGAGCUAGAGAAGGAGGCAGACCUGGCAUCAGCGGUCAGUUUGCUCCGACUCUUCCUGCAGGAGCUCCCUGAACCCGUUAUCCCAACGGAGAUACAGGGACACAUACUACAGCUACACCAAGAGUACAGCAAUGAGGAGGAGCUGUGUAGAAACUUGAAAUAUCUGCUGCAGCAGCUUCCCCAGUUGAACUACGGCCUGCUGCGUUUCCUGUGCCGCUUCCUGGCCAGCGUGGCAUCAUUUCAGCAAGAGAGCUGGAACGUUGGGGCGCUGGCCGCCGUCUUCGGACCAGACAUCUUCCAUCUAUCAACAGAAGGAGAGGACCUUCGGGACCAGGAGUCUGUCAGCAGAGUCCUGGCGGAGCUGUUGGACAACCAGGAGGGCCUGUUUGACUCAGAGGACGAUGAUGUUUCCACCACCAACGACUACAGCUCUAUUAAUGAACAGAUCACAGAGCUGUUGGAUGAUGAGAAGUGCGAGGCCGAAUGUGAAGAGCUGCCUCAGGACGGGGAGGAGGGUCCCGCCUCCUCCGACUCACCACGACACACAUGCACUGAUGACGACCCCGCAGCCAGCUCCCACCUCUCCCCUAUAUCCAUCCUGCCUGCUGACUCUGCUGAGAUAAUUGAGCGAACCAUCAGAGCUGCAGUGGAGCAGCAUUUCUUUGAGCUGAAGACCUCCAUCGACCAAGACCUCAGCAAGUACGACAGCCAAGGUGAGCCUGCAGACCAAGUUUGCCAUGGAGACGAGGAGCAACAAACCGACCCUGAGGACAGUCCUUGUUACACAGACGGGGAGACCCCACUCACACAGACCGAGCAGCACAUACCGCAAAACCAGAAUGACGCACAGGAUUCAUCGGACUCUGGUGCCGCCCUGGAGGAGAGCUCGGGAAUGGACCUGGAUGCAGACGCUGUCAGAGAUGCUGAGAACAACAUUAACACUGCCAGGCGGGACAAUCAACCCUGUGACACCAUGGAGCAAUCUGAUACCAUAAGCUGUGACUUGACUUCAUGCAGGUGUGAUCAGAACGCCAACACCAGCGAAAACAACAGGAAUCACCUGUCGCCAUGCCAACCAAACAGUGGCCUCUCCCCCCACCUCCAGCUCUUUCCUGACAACCAGUGGGAAGCUUCACCCCCUUCCCAUCUCCACCUCCCUCCCAUAGACUUCUCAUGUAUGCAUCUGCAAAAGGAAGGUCAAGAUCCCGUCCCGGCCUACAAAUCCUGGCAGGACGACAACGAGAGCGGAGAGGCGCAGCUCUCCCCGCUGGCCGGUCGCAUGGUUCCUCUCCCCCUGUUGCCCCUCGAAGAGGACGGGGAGGAGGACGAGGGGGAGGGAGGACAGGACGCCUCCCCUUCCUCUUCCCGCUCCCAUCCUCACCUGCUGGCACGACGCUUCCUCGACUUCGGGGCGCACGGUGCCCAACGCUUCCUCCAGCAGGACCCAGACGCCACCUCGCCCACUAAAGCACAGAGACCGCGGCGAGCAUCAUUCGGCUCCAAAGAGGCGAUGAGAGGAGGCGAUUCAGUGACCCACCAACUCACCAAGAAGCUUCAGCACCUAAAGAAGAAAAUUAAACAGUUUGAAGAGCAGUUUGAGAAGGAGAGGAACUACAAGCCCUCUCAUGCAGACAAGGCAGCUAACCCCAAAGUUCUCAAAUGGAUGACGGACCUCACCAAGAUCCGCAGGCAGAUUAAAGGACGCCAGCACCACCUUUUACCCAGAAGCACGCUGAGGCACCAGGCUUUGCUCCAUUCACACAGACGCCACCAUGCCCCCUCCUCCCCUUCCUCCUCCUCCUCCUCUAUCUGCUCACCUCCCCAUCACACACUCACCCCCCCACUCCACCCCUACUCAGGCCAGAGCUCUAGACCGUAUCACCUCAAUGCCAAACACCGUGCUGAGAGCGAGCUCGGCCCCCAGACUCGUCCGCGAAGCAACACUUUACCCAAGAGCUUCGGCUCCACACUGGACCAAGGCGCUUAUGAGGCGACGGGGGAGGUCAAGGGUCAACGUCCUACCAGGGAGGAAACACUGGACCUGAUCCAGCGCAGGGUCAAAGGGAAGAGGCAGGAGGACAGCUGGCCUGAUGACAUCAAGGUGAACGGCAGAUUUUUCUCAGACUGGAUCAAGACUCUGAAAAUGACAAAGGAGCAGUUGUCCUGUGAGAAGACAGUCCUUCAGAAGAACCUGCUGCACUACGAAGGCCUGCACGGUCGACCGGUGACCAGAGAGGAGCGUCUGGUGGUGAAGCCUCUCUACGAUCGAUACAGAUUGGUUAAACAAAUGCUCACCAGAGUCAGCAUCACACCUGUGACAGUGUCCCCCUCGAGUAAGCGGCGAAGUCAGACCCUCCAGCCCAUCAUCGAAGGUGAAACUGCCCAUUUCUGGGAGGAGAUCAAAGAAGAGGAGGAGGAGGAGGAAGAGCAAAAAGGAGGAGGAGAAGAAGAAGAUGACAGGGAGGAGGAGAGGGACGAGGAGGAGGAAGAAGAGGAGGAGGAGGAGGGAGAGAGCAGCGGCGGGGAGAUGCAGAGCUCUGAGGUCAUCAUAGCCAUUGACCCCGUGACCCCGAGCGACGGGCCAAUGAGGAGCCAGAAACAACUUGACAGACAGAGUGACUGUCCGAUGAGCGACAAGAGCCAGACGGGAGGUCCGAUGAGAGCCAAGCUGCAGGAGGGGUCGGGGAAGCUCGCUCUGGAUCUGCGGCUGUCCAGCUCCAACGCCUCGUCCAUGCCAGAGCUGCUGGAACAGCUGUGGAAAGCCAAAGCGGAGAAGAAGAAACUGAGGAAGACCAUCCGAGAGUUUGAGGAAGAUUUCUAUCAGCAUAACGGCAGAAACGUUCAGAAAGAGGACCGGGUGCCGAUGCUGGAGGAGUACAGGGAGUACAAGAGGAUCAAGGCCAAACUCCGCCUCCUGGAAGUCCUCAUCAGCAAACAGGAUUCCUCCAAAUCCAUCUAGACCCACCAUCUGCAGACGCCCGCCGUCCCCGCACACAUCAGCUGUCAUCACGGCAGCGAGGACCCGCCCACCCAGGACGUCCCUCAGCCCAUGAGACAUCAUCACACCCCGGAGGGUUCGAGAAACACUCCAGCCGAGAACCAUAUCCAGAUCACUUGAGUCUCCAGAAAACCACAUCAGAUCAGACUUCAUGACCUCCGCUCGUUACGCUGCAUUCAUGUCGUGGGAAAUAAACAUCAGUGUCUGGCUGGUUCAGAGUUUUGCUUUGGAAGCGUUUCUGAGGUCAAAGUUUUAAGUUCAGUAUGCCGUGAUUUAACGUGCGUAAACACUGGUUUUAUUUAUAAAGGCUUCAGCUGGAGAGACUUUAGUGUCGCCUUCAUUUUGCCUGCAGGAACCUACAAGUUCUGGUUCUUGGUGUGUAGUUGUCUGAUGGCUCAGGAACAGGAGUUUACAGGACUUAACGUCACUGUCUGCCUCAAAACGGACAAAAAUGUUUACAGCAUUUGUUUGGAGCUCAAGCAAACAUUGGUUCUCGCUAAUAUCAGUACUAGAAGCAGGGAUGGAGAUUUAUUUUGUUAUUGAUGUUUUAAACAACUUGGCAAAAUAA